AUCAGUCGUUUUCUUCGUUUCUCUCUAAUUGUCUCUCUUUACACUCCACUCUCCCACCAUUUCCAUAUUCUCCAUUUUUCACACUCCAUCUCUAAGCCUUGAAUCUCACUAUUCCAAAAUGUCGUCUUCACCGGAGCUCCGGUCACCGGCGAAAACUAACGGUGAUACGAGGAAAAUACUUGGGCCGGGCGGAAACCGGGUCAGAGAUUUAGAAGAGCAGAAGAGGAAAAAGGAAGGAGUAAAAAAACCCGAGAGGCCUAAGAAGUCAACAGUUUCACAGACAGUUGUGCGGGUGCGGAGCAAUGGGUCAGUUGAUAGUUCUUCCUCGGAGUCAUCAACUAUAAAAGCUGUGAAUUCAAAGAGAGGAGUUGAAAGGAAUGGUGUGAAAAAACCCGCUAAAGUUGUUGCUCAAGGAGUUGAAGCAGCUGAGGCUUUGGCCCCUUUGGUUCUAGUUCCGCUUAAGCGUUGCGAUUGGAUAACACCUAACUCGGAACCCCUGUAUAUUUCUUUCCAUGAUGAAGAAUAUGGAAACCCAGUUUAUGAUGAUACAAAGCUAUAUGAACUACUUGCCCUGUCACAAGCAUUGGCAGAAAUGACCUGGCCUGCAAUCCUUAAUAAGAGACAUAUAUUCAGGAAGAUGUUUGACAACUUUGAUCCAUCAUCUCUUGCAAAUGUUAAUGAGAAAAAGUUGCGGUCACUAACAGAAAGUGGAAAAUCAUUGCUAUCUGAACCUAAGAUACGUGCAAUUGUAGAGAACGCAAAGCAUUUCCAGAAGAUUCAGCAGGAGUUUGGUUCCUUCAGCAACUACUGCUGGCGAUUUGUAAAUCACAAACCAAUAAAAAGUGGAUUUCGCUACGCGCGUCAAGUACCGGCUAAAACACCAAAAUCAGAACUUAUGAGUAAGGACUUGAUGAAAAGAGGCUUUCUUUGCGUGGGACCAACAGUUGUGUAUUCAUUCAUGCAAGUUGCGGGUAUAGUUAAUGAUCAUCUCAUUACAUGCUUCAGAUACAAUGAAUGUAACAACAAUAAUGUCAAACAGCAGUCACAAACCAAGUUAGUAAAGAUAGACAUACAAGGGGACCCUGCUGAGAACACUCAAUUUGUUAUAUGAGUCAUGGCCAUUUGAGUUUGACAUAGCUGAUAUCCUCUGUGGAUUUGUAUUACUAAUAUUCUUGACAUACAUUUAACACAGGAGUCUAGUUACAUGAGUGUUAGUGUGAUUUAUAGUCUUUCCAGCUUUGCCAAGUGUGUAUUUAGAAACUUUCUCUAACUUUUGUAUUUUUCAUUUAUGAAGGGAUUGAAGGUUGUAUUUGUAUCUA